GGUGGAGAGGCAGGCCGCGAAUACGGAGGAGGGGGAGGAGGAGGAGAGAGGGGGAGAGGAAGAGGGAGGUCUACAGAAAAUGGUUCCCCUUAUGGUUUUAGGCUGGGUUUUAGAUCUUUAGAGCAGCUGUUGGGUAAAGAGCCAUCAGAGGUAGCCAUCACCCUAUCAUCUGGCACGGCUCUGCAAGACCUCCUGAACGAGCAAGAGAUGCGCCAGGACCUGGUCCAGCUCCUCUGUCAGGUCCUGUGCAAGGCCUUCCAGGCCAGAACCGACCGUCGGACCGUGCAACACCUGGCUGGGAUAGUCAAGAACUCCGGCUUCACCCGGACUAUGCUGCCCCACUAUGUGGCAGGGAUGGGCUCAGAGCCUAACCCUGCCAGGCGGCAGCAGUACCCCAAUCAACUGGACCACAUCCUCACCCUUCUCUCUGAAGUGCUCAGCAUUUUCCCUGCCAGCUCCGUCCAGGCCGUCUCCAUGUUGGUGGCCUUGCUCCGAGCAGCCAUCAACGGGCUGCGGGCGUCCGGUGUGGACAUCCUGCCGCGGACGGAGGAGAACCUGGAGAGGCUACAGGGCCUGGUGGGUCACCUCCAGGAGAAGACCAGGGAUGGCACCCUCCGCUCGGACAAGGACAGCUACUCCCUCCUGCCCGCCAUAGGGGACACCCCGGCUGGGGAGCAUGACUACAGGACCCUCCCUAUAUACCCCUCUCCAGAGGAGUUCCACCUGGACCAGAGGCCCUUACUCCCACUCAACGUGAUCUCCGAGCGCUACGCCAGCGUGCUGGCCUAUCUGGACACGCACUUCCGGCUGCUCAGGGAGGACUUUGUCCGGCCUCUACGUGAAGGCAUUCAGCAGCUACUGCAGGAGCAGCAGGAACAGGGGAGAGGAGACGCCCCUCAGAAGAAGCACUUUGAUGACAUCAGAGUGUACUUUGACACCCGAUUGGUGGUUCCUAUGUGCACCCAUUCUGGGAUAGCGUACAAGGUCCAGUUUGACUCGCAACCCCUCAAGUUUGUUCGCUGGCAGAAUUCUAAGCGUCUUCUGUAUGGCUCCUUGGUAUGUCUCUCCUGUGACAACUUUGAGAACUUCCUGUUCGCCACUGUGUCGGACCGUGAGCCUACAGAGCUGGAGAAGGGCUUUGUUCAGCUCAUCUUCUGUGAGCAGAGCAGAGCUGCACUGGAAAUAAUAGAGACAGAUCAAGUGUUCUGCAUGGUGGAGACCACUGCCUACUUUGAGGCCUACCGAUAUGUCCUGGAGGGCCUGCAGGAGCUGGAGGAAGAAGAUCUGCCAUUCCAGAGAUACUUAGUGGAGUGUCAGUUAGACGUGCACCCCCCAGCCUACCUGCCCAGGAAUGAUACCUACAACCUAGCUGCAAUAGCAGCUCCUGAGUUUAAGAGCAGCAUCAAGCCCUUCAACACCUUGGACCCUGAUGCCUGGCCUCCUAUGGAGCAGCUGGGCCUGGAUGAGAGCCAGAUGAAGGCCCUCCAGAUGUCCCUCACCAAGGAGCUGGCCAUCAUACAGGGACCCCCUGGCACAGGAAAGACCUACGUCGGUCUGAAGAUUGCACAGGCCCUCUUGACCAAUAGAAAUGUGUGGAACGAUGUCAAUGACCAAUCCCCGAUGCUCGUGGUGUGCUACACCAACCAUGCUCUCGACCAGUUCUUAGAGGGGAUCCAGACGUUUCUGCCGCAGGGCAUAGUGAGGGUGGGAGGCCGCAGCACCAGCGAGGUUCUGAAGCCCUUCUCUCUGAGGGAGCUGUCGAAGGGAUUCCAGCUCACACGCAGAUUUCCGGCCCACCUGCGCCGCGCCAUCGCCCAGAUGUACGACGAGCUACGCAUGGAGGAGGACCGGAUCAUGCAGCACAGUGCCAAGCUGGAGUGCAGUCUGAAGGGAGUCCUCAGGGAGCACUUCCUACAGAAGUUCAUCUCAGACACCCACUGGGACAGCCUGGUCCUCCCACCAGGGAUGGGUGGCUUUGAGGUAUAUGGUGAGAAGAAGCAGCCACUGAUUGUUGAGUGGCUGGGUAUGGGCUACAGAUUCCAGCAGAGGGCAGCAGAACCUCAGUAUGGACUUGCAGACAUGGAGGAGGAGGAAGAAGAAGACAUGGAGGUGGAUGACCUGAUUGAAAUUGCCGAAGAGGCUGCCCUGAUCCAGGCUGAGCGCUAUGUUGACGAUGAGGUGGACCACCAGGGGAGACGGGGGAACAAGCAGAGGCAGGACGAGAACGCCCAGAUGGUGGCCGACCUAAUGCUGGCCAUGAACCUGGACAACACUGUGGUACUACAACAGGACCAGGAUGGCUUUGAGUUUCAGUCCAAGCAGAGGAAGAGGAUGAAGAAGCGAACCAGGAAGGAGCUGGGAAAGAGCUCUGCCAUGAGCGUGGAAGAUGAGGCGGCCAUCCAGGAUGUCUGGGCUCUGAGUCUGGCAGACAGAUGGAGACUGUAUCGGUUGUGGGUGAGCCGCUACCGCCUGGAGCUUCGUCAGAAGGUUCUGGAAUCGGAGCAGGCCUACCAGGAUGCGUCCGAGCGCCUGGCCGAGAUGCGCCUCCGACAGACCAUGUGCAUCCUGAAGGACGCCAAGGUCAUCGGCAUGACAACCACGGGGGCGGCCAGGCUCCGUAAGGUUCUGCAGGAGGUGCAGCCGCGCCUGGUGAUUGUGGAGGAGGCGGCGGAGGUCCUGGAAGCCCAUACCAUCACCACGCUGAGCCGGGCCUGCCAGCACCUCAUCCUCAUAGGAGACCACCAACAGCUCCGCCCCAGUGCCAAUGUUUAUGAACUGGCUAAGAACUACAGUCUGGAGGUGUCAAUGUUUGAGAGGCUGGUCAAGAUGAAAUUUCCCUACGUCAGACUGAACUACCAGCACCGUAUGAGACCUGACAUAGCCCGUCUCCUGACCCCUCACAUCUAUAAAGAGCUUGAGAACCACCCCUCUGUGAUGGAGUAUGAGAACAUCAAGGGCCUCCUCACCAACAUGUUCUUUGUGGAGCACAAGUACCAUGAGGAGGAGAUCAGGGAUGGGAAGAGUCACCAGAACCUCCACGAGGCCCGCUUUGUAGUAGCUCUGUGUCGCUACCUCCUACUGCAGGGCUACAAGCCCCAUCAGAUCACCAUCCUAACCACCUACACGGGCCAGCUCCACUGCCUGCGCAAUCACAUGCCGGCCAAAGAGUUCACAGGGGUCAAAGUUCACGUGGUAGACAAGUACCAGGGGGAGGAGAAUGACAUUGUGCUGUUGUCCCUGGUCCGGAGCAACCCAGCAGGACGCGUAGGGUUUCUGAACAUCCCCAACCGUGUCUGUGUGGCCCUGUCACGCGCCAAGAAGGGCCUCUACUGCAUCGGCAACAUGGCCAUGCUGAGCAAGGUCCCGCUGUGGAGCAACAUCCUCCACACGCUGAAGGAGAAAGACCAAGUGGGCCCGGCCCUGACCCUGUGCUGUCAGAACCACCCCGAGAGACACAUCCGGGCCUCGGGCCCUGACGACUUCCUGCAAGCCCCCGAGGGAGGCUGCAUUCUCCCCUGCGAGCACCGCCUGGACUGUGGCCACGUGUGUGCCAGCGUGUGCCACCCGUAUGACCAGGAGCACAAGCAGUACGAGUGUGCUAAGACGUGCCAGAAGGUUCUCUGCGAGCGAGGUCACAAAUGCCCUCGCAUGUGCAACCAAAAGUGUCCUGAGGCGUGCAAGGUCAAGGUGGAGAAGACCGUCCCAAAGUGCCAGCACGAGCAGAUGGUGCCCUGCCACCAAGACCCAGAUAUGUUCGUGUGCCAGGUGCCCUGCGUGAAAACACUGCUGUGUGGGCACCCCUGUGUGUCCGUGUGCGGGGAACCCUGUACCAUCAACUGCCUGGUCAAAGUCCCCCUGGAGCUCAAGUGUGGCCACAGGCAAGAGGAUGCCUGUCAUUACAGGGGGUCGACCAUGCAGCCAGUCUGCAGGGUCCCGUGUGAGAACGCCCUGAAAUGUGGUCAUGCCUGUGCGGGCACUUGUCACAGUUGCCACCAGGGCCGCUACCACGUGUCCUGCGUCCACCGGUGCCAGCGUCUCCUGGUGUGCUCCCACACGUGCCGCGAGCCGUGCACCCGCGACUGCCCCUCCUGCCGCAUGCCCUGCCAGAACCGCUGCGUCCACAGCGUCUGUAAGAAGGCGUGCGGCCAGCCUUGCGCCCUGUGCGUCGAGCCCUGCGACAGGCAGUGCCCUCACCAGCGCUGCAGCAGGCUCUGCCACGAGCCCUGCGACCGGCCGCCGUGCGACGAGCCGUGCACUCUGACCCUUGCCUGCGGCCACCCCUGCGUGGGCCUGUGCGGAAGCAGCUGCCCGGACAAGUGUCGCGUUUGCCACCGCGAGGAGGUGACAGAGAUCUUCUUCGGCACGGAGGACGAGCCCGACGCCCGCUUCAUCCAGCUGGAGGACUGCGGGCACGUGGUGGAGUUCACGGCCAUGGACCGUCUGAUGGAGGACGACGGGCAGGACAUCAGACUGAAGGAGUGCCCCAGGUGUCGCACCCCCGUCCGUAGGAACUUCCGCUACGGGGCGAAGAUCAACCAGUGUCUGGCCGAGAUCGAGAAAGUAAAGGAGAAGAUCAACGGUCAACAGUCAGACAUCCAGGAACAGAAGAAGGUGCUGAUCACACAGUGGCGAAACAAUAAUACAAUACCAGGGAACCUGCCUGUGGAAUAUUCCCAAAUUAGAGAUCAGCUACAAAAUCCCAACCUCACUGUGAAGGAUUUAUGGGUUUUGGAGAAUAAAAUGGCUUUCCUUGAAAAGGUAGAUGAGUUGCUUAAGAUAUGCAGCAGCCAGAUGUCCAGCACAGAGAGUGUCCUUUUUGAGGCCAGAGUGGAGGAGUUCCUGCUGUGGCUCAUGGACCUUAGCCAGAAGUUCACUGAUCAGCAAGCCUCCGACCUGCAGAGCGAACUGCAGAGGCUCUCGCUAUUGGCCGACCUCAACGCCAGGUGCAAGGGGCCAAUGAGUUCAGACCAUGCCCAGCUUGACCUUAACAAGGCACAGGUCAAAGUCACAGCCAUACGGAAGGUUCUAGAUGCUCCGGGGCCGUUCAGUCAACAAGAUGAGCAGUGGGUCACACAGGAGCUGAAAGAACUGGACAAGACGCUGCCUCGAACAGGGCUGGGGCUCUCUGACCAGGAGAGGAAGAUGGUUGUCUCAGCCAUGCAGCUGGCCAAAGGACAUUGGUACAAGUGCCCUAAUGGUCAUGUCUAUGCUAUUGGUGACUGUGGAGGGGCUAUGGUUAGCCGGGCAUGCCCAGAGUGUGGUGCUACUAUUGGUGGACAGCAUCACACCCUGUCAGCUGGCAACAGUGUAGCAACAGAGAUGGAUGGUGCACAACAUGCUGCCUGGUCGAAUGAAAAUAACAUGUUCAACCAAGGCUUGUUCAAUCACUUUGGUUAGAUCAAGAAAUGUGUAAGAUGAAGAAACAUCAUCAUAAGCAAACUCUUGUAUGCAUGCGGGUCUUCCAGCCCCAACUAGCAAGUUACUGUAUUACCAGUCAGCUGUCAAAUGAGACUCCUUUAAGAUCGUUGAUGGAUUGAUUGCCGUUAUUAGUUAUUAUCAAACAUAUUAUAGAAGAUGGUUAAUCUGCUUUGUUGGCAUUAACUUGCUGUUAUUAAUUAUAGUUUGUUAUAAAAUGAUUUCUUUCUGAAAUGUAUGUUUUCAAAGAAUUGUAUUCAAUGAUAUUACACAUGAAACAACUUUUUUCUCUGUAUCGAUCAGCAAGGUAUUUAAGGGAGUCAGGUGGCUGAGCGGUUAGAGAAUCGGGCUAGUAAUCAGAAGGUUGCUGGUUCGAUUCCUGGCCAUGUCAAAUGACGUUGUGUCCUUGGGCAAGGCACUUCACCCUACUUGCCUCGGGGGGAAUCCCCCUGUACUUACUGUAAGUCGCUCUGGAUGAGCGCGUCUGCUAAAUGACUAAAUGUAAAUGUAAGGUAUUCACUGGUGAAAUGUCAAGUAAGUGUCUUUUGUCAUUGUUUUUUUUAUGUUUUUUGGUGUCAUUAUGAAUAAAGGAUUGAAACAACGA